AUGUUCACCUACCGCCUGAAGUUGAUGAUCCUGCUGGGACAACUGCUGCUGGGAGUCCAGAGCUAUCCGCUGGGCGAGGAUCUCGCCGCCAAUGUGGUUCACUCGGCGGGAUUGCUGGGUCACUAUGCUGGUGGCUUGACCGGUGGCGAAGCCGUUUCCAAGCUGGACUUCAGUCCGCCCGACCACGAAUUUGGUGGAUCCUCAUCGGUGGAUGAGGAUCACCUGGGCUCGCUGGGGGAUCACCUCAGCGAGGAUCACUUCCCGGCGGACUACGGCAGCAGCGAUCACGGCGAGGAGUACGCCGAAGCGAGUGAGUUGCACUCGCACUACGAGGAGCACAAGGCGGUGCCGGGCAUCGAUCACGGCAAGGGCGCCUUUAGCUACAGCACACUGUACGAGUUCAAGGAUCGCGACGAGCACGAGCAGCAGCACCUCCAGCACCAGGCACUCGAGCAGCAGGUGGAGCACCAGUUGGCGGCGGAGCACGACCACCAUUUGGAGCACCAGUUGGACCACCAGUUGGAUCAUCAGCUGGACCACCACUCGCUGGAGGAGCAUCUCUACUAA